AUGUUUUCAAGGACUCUAUUCUCAUCUACAAUCCGGCCUCUCUCCCGGCCGUCAUACGUCUCGUCGCCGCUCUCUACAGGCCUCCGGCUUCCCUCAGUCCUCCAUGCCCGGCUACUGUCGAAUGAAACGAGGUCCGCUAUCGAUAAAGCAGUUGGCUCUGCCCCGGUGGUCCUUUUUAUGAAGGGAACCCCUGAGACGCCCCAAUGCGGCUUUUCACGAGCAAGUAUUCAGAUUCUAGGAUUGCAAGGUGUAGACCCAAAGAAGUUUGUCGCAUUCAAUGUGCUGGAGGAUACAGAGCUUCGCCAAGGUAUCAAAGAGUAUUCCGAUUGGCCAACAAUUCCACAACUGUAUUUGGACAAGGAGUUCGUUGGCGGUUGCGAUAUAUUGAUGUCUAUGCAUCAGAAUGGAGACCUCGCAAAGAUGCUUGAAGAGAAGGGCGUCUUGGUUGCUGUCGAUUGA